CCGUCAUUUCACCGCAGUUGUGUGCAGAUAGAGAGGGAGAGGAAAUUAAGGAAAUACCGAAGGCGCCGAAGAAGAAGACGGAGGACGACGCAGCCUGUCUGGCACAGACAGAAACUUUGAGCGAUGGAAAAUUUCUCCAGCAACAACCGGUUUCGCUCAGUGUUCAACCACGACGAUGAGGACCACGGCAAGGAUUAUGUUGGUUUUGCGACACUGCCAAACCAGGUGCAUCGCAAGUCGGUCAAGAAGGGAUUUGACUUCACGCUCAUGGUGGCAGGGGAGUCUGGCCUGGGAAAGUCCACUCUGGUCAACAGUCUGUUUCUCACAGAUCUGUACAAAGAUAGGAAGCUGCUCAAUGCUGAAGAGCGAAUCACACAAACUGUAGAAAUCACCAAACACACAGUGGAUAUCGAGGAGAAAGGUGUCAAACUUAAGCUCACCAUUGUGGACACGCCCGGGUUCGGGGACGCUGUGAACAACACUGAAUGCUGGAAGUCGGUGGCCGACUACAUCGACCAGCAGUUCGAGCAGUACUUCAGGGACGAGAGUGGCCUCAACCGCAAGAACAUCCAGGACAACCGCGUACACUGCUGCCUCUAUUUCAUCUCACCCUUUGGUCAUGGCCUUCGACCUUUGGAUGUGGAGUUUAUGAAAGCUCUGCACGAGAAGGUUAACAUCGUCCCUGUUUUGGCGAAAGCCGACACACUCACCCCGAGUGAGAUCGAGAAAAAGAAAAUCAAGAUGAGAGAAGAGAUUGAGCUGUGUGGUAUCAAGAUAUACCAGUUCCCCGACUGUGACUCUGAUGAGGACGAGGAAUUUAAGCAGCAGGACCUCGCGCUAAAGGAGAGCAUUCCCUUUGCAGUAAUUGGCAGCAACAUUGUGGUGGAGGCCAAAGGGAAGAAGGUGCGGGGCCGUCAGUAUCCCUGGGGCAUCGUAGAAGUGGAGAACGCGGCACACUGUGAUUUUGUGAAGCUGAGGAACAUGCUCGUUCGCACACACAUGCAAGAUCUCAAGGACGUGACCCGGGAGACCCACUACGAGAACUACAGGGCCCAGUGCAUCCAGAGCAUGACCCGCAUGGUCGUGAAGGAGCGCAACCGCAAUAAACUAACCAGGGAGAGCGGCACAGACUUCCCCAUCCCCGUGGUGCCCGGAGCGGGGGAUAGCGAGACAGAAAAGCUCAUCCGAGAGAAAGACGAGGAGCUGCGGCGAAUGCAGGAGAUGCUGCUGAGGAUCCAGGAUCAGAUGCACACUCAGAAAGAUGCUUAUUAACACAGGACACCGGUCGUACCAUGUUUGUCUAUUUCUUUCACUGGGAUUUAAACAAAAAACAAAAACAAGGAGACCUUUAUUCCUCCCUAGAACAUUGACGUCCCCACGUGACCACCCGAACACCGCUCGGUGUCAUCAGCAGCGCAUCACACAUGGAUCAGGGACCUGCAAGGAGGUCGUAAAAUGGUCUGACAUUUGCAGCUUAACAACUCUCUUUGUCCACUCCAGAAUAUCUAACAUGCACCUGCACAAGCUGCAAAACACUCCGCCCUCCUCCACUCUACUGUCUUCUGUUCUGUCAAUAAGUAUAAAAAAAGGUUUGCCGGGUCUGAUAUUUGUUUGAAUAAAUCAGUCAAGUUGAGGGUUCGUUCACAUAUCUGAACUUUAUUUAGCCACAUGAUCACAGGGUUUUUGUCUUAUUUUUAUACAUUUUUUUGAGGUUUUUCAUUAGGUUUACAUCAUCAAGUACUGGUGACCUGCUCAGAUUUUUAUAAGCACGCUUUUCUUGUGCAAGUGUUUUAUUUUUACGAGUCGUAUAGUUCAUAAUGCAUAUAUGCUGUCAUAAUUUAAUUGUCUAUAAUACACUCAUAAUCAUUUUUCUACUGUUUUUUCAUCUCUUACUGUAUGCGUUCCGAGUUUUUUGAACUACACCCUACAGCACUGCUUGACAUUACGUAUGGAUGACUGUUUUAUUUUGAGGGUUCCUAUUGGUUGAUUUGGUCAAAUCUUUAUAUUAUGAUUGUUUCAUUCCUCACCGUCAGCAAGUCUUAACUCACAUACGGAUCAGGGGUCAGGGGUUGGAUAAGAUAAGACAAGACCCUAAUGUUGCAUCAGGUGAGCGUCUCAAGGUGAAGGGGUUGCAUCCGGGGCCAUGCAGUGUUUUUAUUUUUGCAUGUGUUUUGUGAAGGUUACUCAGAUUGCAGAUCAAUGUGGUGAUCAUAGGGUUAUUUAUGGGCAAGGAAAAUAUGUACUGACGUGGGAAAUUAUUGACAAGAUGUCUGCAAAUAAUGUCUGCAAGGGGAACUGGAACGUGUGCUAACUUUAUCUUAUAACCAAAACCAACAAUGAAAAACUUCAUUGUUCUAAAUUCGCCUUUUCAAAGUGUGACUUUUGUUUUGUAUGGACACAAAGAAUAUUGUUUUCAGAAUAACUUAUCAAAGACAAGAGUAAUGGAAAUCAGACGACUCCGCCGUGUUGCGUGAGUGUGACCUUUGUUUAAAAAAGAAAUGGAGAAAAAAAGAAAUGCAUUCCUUGAGCUUCUCUUUCAUUUUUCUUAAUUCAUUUCUUUUAUAUUUGACUUCUGUUAUUCUACAUUUGGAAUAUUUAUGUAAUAAAUGUAUAAAUGAAAUGCAUUUGAAGAGGGCAAUAUGUACAAAUUCUAAUAUUGCAAUAAAAUAUGAACAUAA